AUAGUGCCCGCAGAGAAAGGUAUAGGUGAUCUGGUUGCAACACAAACUAGCCAGCAGCAAUGCCUCCCAUCACAUUCUUCUCUCUGCUUCUCUUCCUCUGUUCUGCUGCCCAUCGAGCAGACACUGUUCUUGGCUUCACCAGGAGCGACUUCCCUCGGGACUUCGUCUUCGGAGCCGCCACAUCCGCGUACCAGUAUGAGGGUGCUGUGGCUGAAGACGGCAGGAGCCCAAGCAUCUGGGACACCUUCACUCACGCUGGGAAAAUGUCGGAUAAUAGCACAGGCGACGUCGCUGCUGAUGGGUACCACAAGUACAAGGAAGAUGUCAAGCUCAUGGUUGACACUAACCUAGAGGCUUACAGAUUCUCCAUAUCCUGGUCAAGGCUCAUACCAAAUGGGAGGGGAGCUAUUAAUCCAAAAGGGUUGGAGUACUACAACAACUUGAUAGAUGAGCUAGUGAAAAAUGGGAUUCAAGUUCAUGUUAUGCUUUGCCAUCUUGAUUUCCCACAAAUUUUGGAUGAUGAGUAUGGGGGAUGGCUAAGCCCUACAAUUGUGGCGGAUUUCACAGAAUUUGCAGACGUGUGCUUCCGAGAGUUUGGAGACAGGGUUUCAUAUUGGACUACCAUAGACGAACCUAAUGUCAGCGCAUUAGGAUCUUAUGAUAACGCACUCUUUGCACCCGGACGUUGCUCUGAUCCUUUUGGAAUAACAAAAUGUACUGUGGGAGACUCUACCGUGGAACCAUACAUAGCAGCUCACAACAUGAUUUUGGCACACGCAUCAGCUACUAGACUAUACAGGGAAAAAUAUCGAGCUGCACAAAAGGGGGUUGUCGGCAUAAAUGUUUACUCUUCUUGGAGUUAUCCUAUGACGAACUCUAAUGCGGAUCUAGAAGCAGCUAAAAGAUACCUAGACUUCGUGUUCGGGUGGAUACUAGAGCCCUUUGCAUCUGGAGAUUAUCCAGCAGUGAUGAAGACAAAUGCUGGGGCUCGCCUACCAUCUUUCACAAAGUCCCAAUCUCAACUUGUCAAGGGUGCUGUUGAUUUCGUAGGAAUAAAUCACUACUAUUCCAUGUAUGUUAAUGAUCGUCCUUUAGACAAAGGCAUCCGCGACUAUUCAGCAGACAUGUCUGUUAACCAGAGAGCUUCUAGAACAGAACGACCAAGUGGCAAGCAAGUCCCUUCAGCUUCUCCAAGUGACCCGGAAGGAUUGCAAUUUGUGCUGCACUACCUAUCAGAAGCCUACAGCGACCUUCCUAUUUAUGUCCAGGAGAAUGGUAAUGCAUCGAAUGACACUCUCAACGACACCGACAGGGUAGAAUACCUGAAGACAUACAUGGGUAGCACACUGAAGGCACUAAGGAAUGGAGCUAACGUAAAAGGUUACUUCGUCUGGUCCUUCCUAGACGUCUUCGAGUUCAUAGGAGGGUACCAGUCACGGUAUGGACUGCACCGUGUCGAUUUUGAGGACAAGGCGCUGCCACGGCAAGCAAGGCUCUCUGCUGGCUGGUACUCUGGCUUCCUGAAGAACAAUGGCACCUAUAUACAGAACGAACUCGACAAUACAGGACCCCAUGCUCAAUAAUGACUUAACUAAUCAGAUGCGACCAGUACUUAAGCCUUAGCUUUCGGCAAUUAAGAGAAAUGAUGAAUUGAAGUAAAUGUUGCAAGUAAACAAAAUGGUUCUUCAUAUGCGUAUAUUCCUGUGGUACAGUAUGUACAGUAUUUGUUAGAAAGAUAUGUCAAGUUGCGUGCCUUACAGAAAUGAUGAAAUAUAUACACGUUUGUUUGCUACAUUA